AUGCUGCGAAACGGCAGUCUCCGUCGGAGUCUUCGGACUCUAGACUCUUUUAGUUUGGCUCCCGAAGAUGUGAUAAAGACUACAUUGAAGACUGUGGAAGAAUAUGAAGGAGACAAUAUCGAUGAGAAUGGGGAGAUCAAAAACACUAGGGAUGCCAAGGAUGCAGUUGUUAAUAAAGUCACAAUUCCUCAAUUGUAUCGAUACACAACAAUGACGGAAAAGAUAAUGUUGUUAGUGGGAACAAUAGUGGCAAUCAUAACUGGAGCUGGUCUUCCAUUGAUGUCAAUCCUACAGGGACAGGUGUCACAGGCAUUCAUUAAUGAGCAAAUUGUGAUUAACACUGGAAAUCAUACAAUUCCUCCAAACGGACGCAACUACACAGACUCCGAUUUCAACCAUGAUGUUAUGCAAGUUGUUUGGCUUUAUGCUGGAAUGACCAUUGGAAUGUGGGCAGCUGGUCAGAUUACUGUAACCUGCUAUCUUUAUGUAGCAGAACAAAUGAACAACCGAUUGAGAAGAGAAUUCGUAAAAGCCAUCUUGAGGCAAGACAUAUCUUGGUUUGAUACAAAUCACUCCGGAACCUUAGCUACAAAACUUUUUGAUAACUUGGAAAGAGUGAAAGAAGGAACCGGAGACAAAAUCGGGAUGGCCUUCCAAUACAUGAGUCAGUUCAUCACUGGAUUUAUUGUGGCGUUUACGCACAGUUGGAAAUUGACACUUGUCAUGCUAGCUGUAACUCCUAUUCAAGCACUUUGCGGAUUCCUGAUUGCCAAGUCUAUGUCAACAUUUGCGAUACGAGAAACUGUACGAUAUGCAAAAGCAGGAAAAGUAGUAGAAGAAACAAUAUCUAGUAUUCGGACUGUUGUUUCGUUAAAUGGUCUGAGACACGAACUCGAGAGAUACUCAACGGCCGUGGAGGAAGCCAAAAAGUCUGGAGUGUUGAAAGGACUGUUCUUAGGAAUCUCAUUUGGAGCUAUGCAAGCAACUAACUUCUUUUCUUUUGCAUUGGCUUUUUAUAUCGGUGUAGGGUGGGUACAUGAUGGAUCCCUGGCACCUGGAGAUAUGCUCACGACGUUCUCUUCUGUUAUGAUGGGAUCCAUGGCCCUUGGUCUUGCCGGUCCUCAACUAGCUGUUCUCGGAACCGCCCAAGGAGCAGCUUCCAGUAUUUAUGAAGUUUUAGAUAGAAAGCCAGUGAUCGACUCAUCUAGCUCUGCUGGCCGUAAAGAUAUGAAAAUCAAGGGUGACAUAACUGUGGAGAAUGUUCACUUCACCUAUCCAUCCCGUCAAGAUGUUCCCAUUCUUCGUGGAAUGAACCUCCGUGUCAAUGCUGGUCAAACUGUUGCCCUUGUCGGAUCCUCUGGUUGUGGAAAGUCUACGAUUAUAAGUUUGCUGCUCCGUUACUAUGAUGUAUUGAAAGGAAAUAUUACAAUUGAUGGAGUUGAUGUUCGUGAUAUAAACUUGGAGUUUUUAAGAACAAAUGUGGCUGUUGUCUCUCAGGAGCCAGCGCUUUUCAAUUGUACUAUUGAGGAGAAUAUUAGACUUGGAAGAGAAGACAUCACUCGUGAGGAAAUGAUUGCUGCUUGCAAGAUGGCAAACGCUGAGAAGUUUAUCAAAACAUUGCCAGCUGGAUAUAACACACUUGUUGGAGAUCGUGGUACUCAAUUAUCUGGAGGACAGAAACAACGUAUUGCCAUUGCUCGUGCUCUUGUUAGAAACCCAAAGAUCCUUCUUCUGGAUGAAGCCACGUCAGCACUGGACGCAGAAUCCGAAGGAAUUGUGCAGCAGGCACUGGAUAAGGCUGCCAAGGGACGUACCACGAUUAUUAUUGCCCAUCGUUUGUCAACUAUCAGAAACGCAGAUUUGAUUAUUUCUUGUAAAAAUGGACAAGUGGUGGAAGUCGGUGAUCAUAGAACUCUGAUGGCGCAAGAGGGUCUCUAUUAUGAUUUGGUGACAGCUCAAACAUUCACAGAUGCUGUUGAUGCUUCAGCUGGAGGCAAAUUCUCUAGAGAAAACAGUAUUGCUCGUCAAACAAGUGAACAUGAAGGAAUCUUCCGUCAAGCGUCGGAACUGGAUGAUGUGCUUAAUAGAGUUAGAAGUUCGACAAUGGGAUCCAUCACUAAUGGACCAGUGAUUGAAGAAAAGGAGCAGAGAAUUGGAAAAGAUGCAUUGACAAGACUCAAAGAGGAACUAGAAGAGAACAAUGCUCAACGAACUAACCUUUUUGAGAUUCUCUACCAUGCCAAGCCCCAUGCCCUUUCUGUCGCUAUCGGAAUCACUGCUGCCAUCGUUGGAGGAUUCAUCUAUCCCACCUAUUCUGUAUUCUUCACGUCUUUCAUCAACGUCUUCUCUGGAAACCCAGAUGAUAUUCUUAGUCAAGGUCACUUCUGGGCUCUUAUGUUCCUUGUGUUGGCUGCUGCUCAAGGAAUCUGUUCUUUCCUAAUGACAUUCUUUAUGGGUAUCGCCUCGGAGUCUUUGACAAUGGAUCUUCGUAACAAGCUCUUCCGGAAUGUGCUUUCUCAACAUAUUGGAUUUUUCGACUCCCCGCAAAAUGCUUCUGGAAAGAUUUGCACAAGAUUGGCAACGGAUGUUCCCAAUUUGAGAACUGCCAUCGACUUCCGUUUCUCUACUGUCAUCACCACUUUGGUCUCCAUGAUUGCUGGAAUCGGCCUUGCUUUCUAUUAUGGUUGGCAAAUGGCAUUGCUCAUUGUUGCCAUUCUUCCAAUCGUCGGAUUUGGACAGUAUCUCCGUGGUCGUCGUUUUACUGGAAAUAAUGUGAAGAGUGCUUCAGAAUUUGCUGAUUCUGGAAAAAUCGCAAUCGAAGCUAUUGAGAAUGUCAGAACCGUUCAAGCGUUGGCUAGAGAAGACACUUUCUAUUAUAAAUUUUGCUCCAAACUGGAUGUUCCACAUAAGGAAGCUAUCAAGGAAGCUUUUAUACAAGGACUAUCUUAUGGAUGUGCCUGCUCUGUUCUUUACUUGCUCAACACUUGCGCCUACAGAAUGGGUCUUGCUUUGAUCCUUCACAGAACCAUGACUCCUAUGAGAGUUCUUCGUGUCAUGUAUGCCAUCACCAUCUCUACAUCUACUCUAGGAUUCGCUACUUCCUACUUCCCAGAAUACGCAAAAGCCACGUUUGCCGGAGGAAUCAUCUUUGGAAUGCUGAAACAAAAAUCAGAAAUUGAUAGCUUGACAUUGAGUGGAGAAAAGAAGAAAUUGUCAGGAAAGGUGAUCUUCAAAAAUGUUCGAUUCGCGUAUCCAGAACGUCCACAAAUCGAGAUUCUAAAGGGAUUGAGUUUCUCCGUGGAUCCAGGACAGACAUUGGCUUUGGUUGGUCCAUCUGGAUGUGGUAAAUCUACAGUAGUCGCUCUUCUCGAGAGAUUUUAUGAUACUUUGGCUGGAGAGGUCUUCAUCGAUGGAUCAGAAAUCAAGACAUUAAAUCCUGAGAAUACGAGAUCCCAAAUUGCGAUUGUGUCACAGGAGCCAACACUUUUUGAUUGCUCGAUUGCAGAGAAUAUUGUUUAUGGAUUGGAUCCAACUACUGUAACAAUGUCACGUGUCGAGGAAGCUGCCAAACUGGCAAACAUUCACAACUUCAUCUCAGAACUUCCCGAAGGAUACGAGACCCGUGUCGGUGAUCGUGGUACUCAAUUAUCUGGAGGACAGAAACAACGUAUUGCCAUUGCUCGUGCUCUUGUUAGAAAUCCAAAGAUUCUUCUUCUGGAUGAAGCCACGUCAGCACUGGAUACAGAAUCCGAGAAAAUUGUACAAGAGGCUCUGGAUCGGGCGAGAGAAGGAAGAACGUGCAUUGUGAUUGCUCAUCGUCUGAACACAAUUAUGAAUGCGGAUUGUAUUGCUGUAGUGAACAAUGGAACGAUUAUUGAACAAGGAACCCAUUCUGUAUUGAUGUCUCAACAGGGUGCUUAUUACAAGCUGACACAAAAGCAGAUGAGCGAAAAGAAAUGA